AAACGUUUUUGGAAAUCCAACAAAUUAGUACAAAAAAAAAUAUAUAUAUUUUUUUAAGAAAUAUGUUGGCAAGGAUCUUUCGACGUCACCUUUUAGGCGCACCUGAAAAUUUUUUGGGCUUUUGCGCAAAUCGGUGUUUCGGCAAUGAAUACAGCCCGUAUAUACCCGGUGGUGGACUGGAGAAAUUACAAGGCGGCUUCAAGGAGGAAAGCUAUUUCAAGCUGAACGACCUCAAGUUGAUGUUGAAGAUGCGUGAACAGACGCUGCGCGGCUCUGGGUAUGACACGACAGACAUAAACGUUGCGAUAGCACAAGUCAAUCAAUUGGAACGCGACACAGAGAUGGAGGCUCAUCGGCAGCAGGGUUUAAUGAAUAAACAAAAAAAUUGCAUGGAGGAGCUAUUCUUUCUAGCCGAAGAAACGAUGAACUUGCGCAGAUUGGAAACCAAAAUGCGCGCACAACUCGAACAGAAGUUGCGUGAUGAACUCGCAGCCAAGAAGCGUCAACGUGCCGAUGCUGAAUUAGCCAAUGGUAUGGAAUCGUUACCCCAAAUGCCCAAUGCCCCAAUGUUUAGUUGAAAUUUUUUCUCAAAAUUCCUUUUUUUUAUUGAAACGAAA